AUGAAGGCCUCAUUCCUGCUCGCUCUUAUCCCCUUCACUGCUCUCUCCGGAGCAUCCGCCAUUCCCGACACCAGCAAACGCCAGGCGCAAACCGUCUCCGUCUCCUGGGACAACAACUACGACAUCGCAUCCAGCUCGACGAACACCGUCGCCUGCGGCGCAAGCCUCUCCUCGAAAUACCCUACACUCGGCUCCUUCCCCAGCUUCCCCAACCUCGGAGGUGCCCUGACCAUCCCUGACGGCACCAGCUCGAACUGUGGGAAAUGCUACCAGCUCUCCUACUCCUCGGGCACUAUCCAGGGCUCCGUCACUAUCACUGCUAUUGAUACCUCGACUAGUGGUUUCAACAUCGGCUUGACUGCUAUGAAUACCUUGACUGAUGGCAAUGCGGAGCGGCUGGGUCGUGUCGAGGCUACCUACGUCGAGGUUGACUGCGGGUAUUAA